AAUUUCGCUUGCAUUGCGCGAAAGCUCAAGUUAUUGUUACGGUGUAAAUUAAGAAAUAUGAUUUUAAAAACUACGUGCAUCAUCCAUUGAGGUAGUGUCGAAUAAAGUGUUGCAGUCCCCUGAAAAAAUACAAAAAAAGUCCCAGCUUGGCAACAUGCACUGUAGCAACAUGCACUGCGGCAACAUGCUGCUGGGCGUCGCCCUCAUGUUGCUGGCGCUAUAUGGCUCCUCCUGCGCCGAACCAAAAUUGGAGCACGAGUGCUCCAGCAUGGACAUCCGAAACAAGUGCGAAAACAUGCAUCUGCUGGACAACUGCACCGUGGUCACCGGAUACGUGAUGAUCACGCUGAUCCCCAUCGAUGUGCACUGCAACUUCUCGGAAUACUCUUACCCGCUGCUCACCGAGAUAACCGAGUUCAUGAUCUUCACCGAUGUGCGCGGCCUGGUCAACAUCACCGAGAUGUUUCCGCACCUGACCGUCAUUCGUGGUCGCCGCCUGUUCCUCAACUACGCGCUCGGCGUGACCAACAUGCACGACCUGGAACAGUUGGCUUUUCCCAGACUGGUGGCCAUACAACGAGGACAAGUCUACAUCGACAGCUGCCCCAAGCUCUGCAGCAUCGCCCGUGUUAAUUGGGAUCUGCUGACUCACACCAUAGGCGAUAACAACAUCAUAAUGGACAAUAAAAACUGUAGCACACCGGUUUGCUCUGGAUGCAGUUCCUUCCACUGCUGGUCGAAUCAUUACUGCCAAAGAUCGGUCAACGAAAAUGUGGCCAAUCCAAAGGCCAACAUAAACGCCUGCCACGAGGAGUGCUUGGGCGGCUGCAAGAACAACUCAACAUCUGCUGCUGACUGCAGCGUCUGCCGCGGACUCAGUGACGAUGGUGUCUGUGUAAAGAGCUGUGCCAAGGACAAGUACGUCAUGGAGAACUAUCAGCGCUGCUAUACCAAGGAUGAGUGUGUGGUGAAACAUGGCCACGUUAUUUACGGAUCACAAUGCGUGGCCUUCUGUCCCAGCGGCUACAAAACGGACAACAGGUCGGAGUGCGUGCCCUGCGGUCCCGGUGAGCCUUGCAUCAGCUUCUGCACGCCGGAGUGGCCUGGAAAGGCGUUUAUCGUAUACAAUCUGGCUGAUGCCGAGAGUUUGCGUGGCUGUCAGAUUUUUAAUGGCAGUCUGGUCAUUACAAUCCGCAAUAAGGUGAACGAGACGCAGCUGUUUCACAGCUUUACCAGUAUCCGCGAGGUUCGGGGGCACGUUAAAAUCUAUCGUUCCUCCCAGCUUAGAAGCUUGCAAUUCCUGAGGAACCUGGAGCGCGUGCACGGUGAUCCCCUAGAGAAUCGCCACUAUUCUUUCAUACUUUAUGACAACAAGCAUCUGUCCGAGUUGUGGACACCUUCGCGGCAACUCGAGUUCAUGGAGGGCGGCAUGUUCAUGCAUCGCAACAACAAACUGUGUAACCGGAGGAUGCGAGAAUUCCAGAACGGUGUGACCCAUGAUAGAGCUCUGGACUCCCUGCAGACCAACGACCAGGAGGUGCAGUGCAGUCCCUCAAAGUUGCAGCUAUUUGUGCAGAAACGAUCCCAUCGGUCUGUAAAGCUAAGCUGGCUUAAGUCACAAACAAGCCAGAAGAUCGAGUUGAUCCACCGACCUUUAUCGCCGGGCAAACUUUGCCACGAGGAUAGUGAUCUGGAAGCACCUAUAUGUACACGAAUUAACUGGAAUCGACGCCUGCUCUUCCCUGACGACCUGAUCGAAAAUGGCACUCACUAUCUUUUCAACUUGGAUGAUCUUCAACCGGACACGCGCUAUGCCGUCCUGAUACGUACUUUUGGCAAUGAUGAGGCGCAUGACGCACGCAGCGAAUUGACCUACGUGCAGACGGAGCUGGACAUCCCAAAGCCUCCGUUGCUGGAACUGGUCAAGAAGACGGAUAGCUCGCUGACGGUUCGGAUGGCUAGUCACGACCACACUAGCUUUGUUCUUACGGUCUUUGAACUAAGCGAUGAUCAGGCUUAUAUAGAGCAGAGAAACUACUGCCACCAGCCGUCGUACGUGUGGCAGGACAUGGACGGCCCCAAGUGGAUGGCUUACGAGGACUACGACGACUGCUGUGCCCAAAGGGCAGAGCAUUUGGAGGACUCUCGUUUCAUUGCGGACAUGGGCGAGCAAUAUCGCUGCACCCUUGAUAAUCGCAAGCAAUGCAGACGACUGGCACUAUCAGAGGUCACUCUUCCACAGCUUCGGCUGCCGGGAAACACCACGGAGUACGAGCUUAAGGCGCUGCAUCGCUAUCGCCUGUAUGCGCUGCAGCUGCAAGCCUGCAAUCUGCUAGGAUGCAGCAGCCACACAACUCUCUACGGACGAACGAACUAUACAAUGGGUGCCGAUCUUCUCACCCAGCUAUAUGCCUGCCACAUUCCGGAAAUGGAUAAGUACAUUAUGCGCUUCGACGAGCCUAAGAAGCCCAAUGGCCUGGUGACCAACUAUGUAAUCCACUUUCGCAACAACUUCUCGCAAACCCACGUCGGGUGCGUAACGCGAAUGGAUCACCAGAGUGCCGGCUACAUGUACAUAAAGCAGAUAAACAUUACUUUCACCGAGUGCGCCGUGCGGGUUCAUUCCCUGGCCGGAGAUGUGAUGACGCCCUACAUGCCAAUCAGCCUGUGCAGCGACGAGGACCGCUUACAGGCGUUUCACAGCAGGGAGGCCAAGGAACUAUCGCCGGAAAUCACAGACAUGACAGCCACAGCGUCACAUGGUCGCGGCAUUAGCAUAUUCCUGAUCUGCUUCCUGUUUGGGUGCAGUGUUUCUCUGGUUUGGGUUCUUUACAAGCGCCGAUGUUGGAGGAAGUUACCGGGACUCCGGCGAUAUGUGCCCGUGCGAGAGCAGUGGCUGCGUGACCGACAACAAGCCGACGAUCGCGAAAUCCUUGUCGACGGUUUUGAAACAGUUCGUUUUCAGAACAACAACAACAGCCAGGCGGACGAUUAUCCUAUGUAAACGAUAAUAUACAUUUGUAUGUGAGACUUA